AUGCCUAAAAUCAGAACAUCCAGAACAAGAAAACCCCCAUCAGGGUUUGAAGAUCUAGAACCGCAGUUGAAGGAAUUUGAAGAUGAGUUGAAAGAGAUCCAAUUAACUAAAUUAAAGAAAAGUGUCAAUAAAAACGAACCACUAUGGGAGAUAUUUAAAAUCUACCACAAGAGAUCGAGAUAUAUCUACGAUUUGUAUUACAAUAGACAGAUUAUUUCAAGGGAAUUGUAUUUGUGGCUACUCAAGGAAAAAUUUGCUGAUUUGCAUUUAAUUGCAAAAUGGAAAAAAAAAGGAUAUGAAAAUUUAUGUUGCUUGAGAUGUAUAAUGAGUAAUGACAAUAAUAAUGGCUUUACAUGUAUUUGUAGGGUUCCAAAGGCAAAUUUGACUGAUGAUAAAAACUCUACAAAAUGUGUAAACUGCGGUUGCAGAGGUUGUGCUAGCUCUGAUUAA